CGUCUCGUGGAAUAGCGACACAAAAAAAAAAAAUUGUCAACAGUUCAUUCUGUGCCACAGCUGUGGGAAGGUAAACAACUGAGAACCAGAACGAGUUAUCUGCGCAUUGAAAGAGUACAAAUCUAUUGCAACUUGCAUUUUUCGCCAGGAUCUUUUACUGGAAAUUUAGAUAUCAUCAUCUGAGAAUCGGCUGGUUGGAUAUUCAGAGCUACUGAUGUUAUUGUGAUCCUUUGUACCUGGAUAAUCCAGCAUGGAAACCGAGGACAGAAUCAAAGAUGUGAUAGAAAAACACUGCUCUUGUAUAAUUUGCCAUGAUGUCCUUCGUCUGCCCAAGCUUUUGCCUUGUUAUCAUUCGUUCUGCACAGAUUGCUUAGAAAAAUACAUUUCUGAAAAGAUAUCAGAAAAUGGUCAAAGAAGUUUUCCAUGCCCCAAAUGUUCUAAACCAAUCAUUGUACCUUCAGAUGUGGAUAAUCAGACAUAUCUUGAUAGUUUCAAAACAGAUACAUUUACAUGCAAGUUAAUCGAAGUCAUUCAAGCAUUUAGUUCUGAAAAGUCAUGUGACAUUUGUAGUCGAAGAGAUGUAACAGAGGCAGCGACUAAUUGGUGCAUGCAAUGUCAUGAUGCUAUUUGUGGCGACUGUCUAAAGGUCCAUAUCUGUGGGAAGACAACUUCUGAUCACAGAGUGAUCUCCCUUGAAGAGCUCCACAACCUCUCCCUUGAGAAUGUCCUGAAGGACAAUGUCCUAGAGAAAUGUGUGAAGCAUGAGGAAGAUGUGAAGAUGUACUGCAUGAACUGUAAGGAACCAGUCUGUGUUGAAUGUUUUGCCACAGUGCAUAGGAAGUGUGAUAACUGUGUUUUAGUUUCUGACGCUGUGAAAACAUUGGAUGCAGAUGUAGCAGAAGUCUUUCUAAGGCUCAGGUCUCUCAAGGAAGAAGGAAAUGACUCUGUGCCAAGUCUGCAGACGCAUGAAGACAUUUUUGAAGCAUCAUUAAGAAAAGCGGAAACAGAUAUCAGAUCUUUAGCAGAGGAGCUGAGAAGAAAGAUUGACAUGAGUGAGAAAGAUCUUCUAGAGGAGCUUCAUUCAGCUGGCAGACAUUUAAGAGAAAAGUUGUCAGAGUCUAAAUAUUCAAAUGGGAUUGUGGAUGUCUGUGACAUGACCAUUCUGACAUCGGCACAGGAAAGACUUGAUACUCUUCUGAAAUAUGGCAGUAGCUCUGAGGUCUUGGAUGUCUACAACAAGCUGAAGGAGCUGUUGAUGAAAGCCGAGGGAAAGAACUCUUCCACUUAUGAAGAUCAGCUAAAAUGGAAAGUGAAUUUUGAAAUCGACAAGAAGGUCAAGGCUUUCAACCAAGAUUUUGACCAACUGGGAGAGAUCAAAGUUGAUGAUGGCUCUGUAGAUGAAGGACUCUCCCUAUGGGGGGUAACUGUGACAUCAAGAGAUGAUAUUGUGGUUUUGGAUAGUAGGAGUCACGUCCUGCAGAAGUUUUCAAGCGCAGGUGAGCGCAUCGACCAACUGGCCCUCAGUGAGGAGCCCAGAGACAUUACAAGUUUUGGUGAGGAUGAGGUGGCCGUCUCUGUCGUGGGAAAACAGAUUUUGAUCCUGUCCACCCUGACCAAAUUUAUCCUGAAGCGGAAGAUUGACACGCAGAAACAGUAUGAUGGUUUAGAGUACUCUCCCAGUCUUCGUCACUUCCUUGCCAGUUCCCUUGACAACAGCUGCCUGGAUGUCGUUUCUCGGCUAGGGGAGGUAAUAAGAACAGUGUCAGUGAACAACAGCACGGGGGAUCCAUUGUUUCAAACGCCAAGAUAUGUUACAUUUACAAAAGAUGGUACAUACAUUGUCAGUGAUAUUACAGGAAACUGUGUAGUGUGUUUGUCGCAAGAUGGAGCUCAGCUCUACUCCUACCCUUCAGAUCAUGACUAUGACCUUAGGAAGCCACAAGGAGUGUGCAGUGACAAGUUGGGAAAUGUAUUCAUUGCAGAAUAUGCUAAUAACAGAGUUCAUCUUUUGACCUCCAAUGGACAGUUUCAGAGGGUUGUGAUAGACAAGGAGACUGGCUUGCAGAGACCAGUGGCACUUGCAAUGACCCAGUCCAGCAAACUAGUGGUGGUCCAGUCAGACGGUAUGGUCAAAGUGUUCAGCUACGAGAGUGAGCCCCACUCCCCCAAAAGCCCCGUCACCAGCAGCCACGGGGCCAACGAAGAGAAGGACCAGACAAUACUUCACCACUACGGCAGCUUGGGCGUCAGGCGGCUGAGCAGCUACGGUGGCCAGGGAAGCGGAACCAGCUAUGCCAAGAUGUUCAACCACCCUGGGGCCAUCCACACGGCUGGCGCCGGCUUCCACAGCUACAGGAGGCACAGCGAGAGCUUUUCCCCUAAGUCCCCAUCAGCGCAGCAGCCCCCUUUCCCCAAUCUUCCUAACAGUUUAAAACCCAGACACACUAACAACUGAUACAACGCUUCUAUUGUAAGCUCUUGCUAUUUUAAGAGCUAAACUUCCUACAAUCUUAUCAUGUAAGGAGAUAACUUCUUUAGUCCCUUAAUUAAAGUGUCUUCAGUAGUUCUCAAAGUAUUGACUCCCAUGAACAACUUUUAUUGUGUUUUCAUUAAGCAUAAAAUCUCAUUAAAGUGGCCCUCUAGAGGUGCCUCAUCAAUUAAAGCUACUUGUAAAUAUUUAAAAAAAAAAAA